UCCACAUAGUGUCGCUGUUCUGAAAUAACGCCUCCACGUUGUUUAUUUUUAAGGUCAAAGUUUACUGCAUGCGGAAGUGACAUGUAGUUGGGUUUUUUGUGAUUUCCCCGGUCUUAUUACACAUCCAUGGAUUUCCCUUGCAGUGUUUGGCUGCAGUUACAAUAAGUUUGUUAACUUUUUUUACCAGGAGGCUAACGGAUGUUAGGUAGGUGGCGGUGAAAUCUACUGGGAUAGCUAACUGCUGUUAUACGCUAUAUAUAAAAGCACACGGACGUGUCUUUAAAAGCUUCUCCAAAUGGCUGCUACAAUGACCACCAUUGUCCAUGAUACUACAGAGGCAGUGUGCCUCUCCUCUGAGUACAACCUGUACCUCAAGCCCAUUGCCAAAAUAACCAUCAGCGUGGCUCUGCCACAGCUCAAGCUUCCAGGCAAGAGCAUCUCCAACUGGGAGGUAAUGGAGAGGGUAAAGGCCAUGGUAGCUCCAGAACAGUUUUCAGCCCUGCGAAUCUCCAAGAGCACCAUGGACUUCAUCCGCUUUGAGGGCGAGGUGGAAAACAAGACAGUGGUCAAAAGCCUGCUGAGCCGUCUGGAUGUGAAGUGUAUCAAACUUAGUGGAUUUACUGAUGUACUGAAGGUUCGUGCAGUAGAGAACAAAGUGGACUUCCCUACACGUCACGACUGGGACUCUUUCUUCCGCGACGCCAAAGACAUGAAUGAGACACUGCCAGGAGAGAGGCCAGACACCAUCCACCUCGAGGGACUUCCUUGCCGCUGGUUCAGCCAGAAGGACAGCCCGUACCCAGACCGGCCCUCUGAAGAGGUCCUCACUGCAGUCUUCCAGGCAUUUGGCAAGGUGCGACAUGUUGACAUCCCCAUGCUGGACCCAUACAGGGAGGAGAUGCUGGACAAGAACUUCAACACAUUCAGUUUCGGGGGUCAUCUCAACUUUGAGGCUUACGUCCAGUACCAGGAGUACGGCGGCUUCACCAAGGCCAUGGACACUCUGCGCAGCAUGAAGCUGAUGCUGAAAGGAGACGAUGGAAAGGCAGUGGCCUGCAACAUCAAGGUGUCCUUUGACACCAGCAAGCACCUGAGUGAGUUGGCUCUGAAAAGGAGGAGCAUGGAGAGGCUGAAGUUACAGGAGCUGGAGAGGCAGAGAGAGGAGCAGAAACGACGGGAGAAGGAAGAGGAGGAGCGCCGUAAGGAGGAGGAGAGGAAACAGAAGGAGCAGGAAGAGGAGGAGAAGGAGAGGAGGAAGGAAGAGAGAUUACGAAAGCGAGAGCAAAAGCUGCGGGAGAGAGAGGAGAGGAGGAACCUGAAGAAGGUGAGGCGACAGCAGGAAGAGGAGCAGAAGAAGCUGCAGAUGAAGAUCGCCAUGGAGGAGAGGAGGCUGCUGCUUGCUCAGCGCAACCUGGAGUCAAUACGGCUCAUUGCUGAGCUGCUGGCCAGGUCCAAGGCCGUGAGGCAGCAGGAGCAGGAGAAAGAGAGGGCCGAACGGGAGGACCGGGAAAGGCAAGAGCAGGCUCGACAGAAGGAGGAACUAGCUCGUCUUCAGCAGCUGGAGGCCUGCCGACGCAAGCAGGAGGAAGAGCUCCGGAGGGUGGAGGUGGAGAAGGAGCGGGCACUGGAGCUCCAGCGCCGUGAGAAGGAGCUAAGGGAGAAACUUCUUUGCAACAUGUUAAAGAAGAGCAGCGGUAAAACCACACGAUCUGCAGGCACGCAGGGUCAGGCUGGCCCUGUAACCAGUGAGGAGGCCUCUGAUCCUGGUGGUGUUGUGAUGUUGGGGCUUCUAGGCCAGGCGUACGGAGUGAAGGCAGUUGAAAGCAAAGAGAAACGGGCAUCCAAAGCUAGCGUGCAUUCCCAAGUUUCGGGCAAAAACCGAGCAACGGAGGAGAGGAGAGGAGGGGACAGGAAGAAAGGCCGGGAGGGAAGGAGGAAAGAGGUGGGGAGCAGGCACAGUAGGGAGCAAGUGAGGGGCCGGGAGCGCUCCCACAGAGAGAGGAGCUCCCAUAGCCGGGGGAGGAGGCGCUCCCACAGCUCCAGCCGGAGGAGAAGGAGCUCCAGCCACCGCCGGAGGAGCUCCAGUGUUCAUAGGAGGAGCCUCAGUCACCGUGGCAGCAGGAGGCGCAGCCACAGCCAUUGCAGUAGGAGCACAAGCUCCAGCCGUGACAGGAGCCGGAGCAGCAGUGGGAGGAGUUACAGCAGAGGGAGGAGCAGCAGGCAUAGUCACCGUAGAUACAGCAGAGGCAGCUCUAGGACCAGCAACAAAAGUAGAGACGGGAGGAGUCACAGCCAUUACAGAUACAAGAAACACAGCAACAGCAGAGACAGGAGCCACUCCAGACGCUAAUCUUAUCAAUAUUAUCAGUUUUUAUUUAUUGAUUUUUAUUCCCCAUUGCCCAGCUUACACCUAAAGUUUAACAAGUUUCAGUAGAAGAAAAAAUUUUUUUUGGCCACUUAAUUAAGCAAUGCGGCAGUGCACCAAAUGGCUUUCUCCAGAAUUGCGCAGCUUGACAAAAAACAAGAAAUCCCAUUUUUAAAAGUAAAAUCUACUCCACAGAUUCAACUGAAACAUGUGUAAGUGGACCCUGUAUGUGUAAGGCAUGUAUAUGGUUGCAGUUGAUUCUAGGGAUUUGUUUUUAUUUGUUUUUAUACAUUUCGUACUGUUGAAUUGAAGCUGCUAACAACUGUUAAUUUGUCAAUGUUCAAUGUAUUGACAUUUAACAAUUUCAUGGCAUAAACCACCAAAUUUAGUGUUUGGUUUUUUGAAUGUUAUUCUUUGCCAUUUGUGAAACACAUUGUAUCCACGUUUGGACUGAAGUACUCUAAAACUCAAUAGGGUUUUCAAAUUUGAUUGAAUGUUAGUGAUCAUGAUGUAAUUAAUGAUAUGCAUUUCAUGACUGGCUAAUACAUGUUUGAAUUAAAGGUUGAUAUCAUAGACUCACUGUAUUUGCAGAUUGAAACACCGUACUGUGAAUGCAAAAGUCUGUUGAUGAUCUCCAUUUUCUGCAAGCAAGUUGUCUUUGUGCAUGAAUAACAGUGAGUUAUAGAAAGUACUGAGAACAAAUGUGUUAUUUUGAUGUGGCACCAGCCUGUUUGUCCAUAAUGAUAUGAGGUUUUACACACUUGCAGACCUCAUGGCUGGCAUAGUAGUGGAAGACUUAAGCGGGCAACUGGCUGCUGUUCCAUUACAAAUGUGAAAUUUCCAUAGACCAUAGGAAACCUCUAUGCUGACCUACAAACUGUCCUGUGUUAGCUGCCUGAAAUAUUUCUCUGAAUACUCCUUCUGUAUUUGCUGUUGG